AUGUACAGUAGGAGGAGAUUUUAUGAAGAAAUAUUCUUUACAAAAAAGAAUAAUAAUAAUAAUAACCAUUCUAUUUGUAUCAAUGUAAAUCUGAUGUUUUAUGAACCACACCCAGUUUCAUUUUUCUUACGUUACACAAAUACUACUACUAAUACUACUACCACCACUACCACUAUCACUACCACUACCACUACUACUACUACUACUACUAAUAAUAAUAAUAAUAAUAAUAAUAAUAAUAAUAAUAAUAGUGGUAAUAAUAAUAAAGGAAAUGAUGAAAACUACUUGAAAAUUGAAUAA